AUGACCGCCACCUCGCCCAAGGGUUCCAAGAAGAAGGGAGGGAACGACGAAGAGGAGGGGAUUUACAGCAGCACUGUGAAUCUCCCGGUGACCAACUUCCAGCAGAGAGCCAACUCAGUCGUCAGGGAGCCAGAGAUCCAGAAGUUCUGGGAGGAGAAUCGCAUCUACGAGAAGUUGUACGAGUCCAAUCCUGGCACAAAGUUUGUUCUGCAUGACGGACCCCCAUAUGCGAACGGGAACCUUCACAUCGGGCAUGCCCUCAACAAGAUUCUCAAGGACUUCAUCAACAGAUACAAGGUCAUCUCCGGACACAAAGUCAAGUUCGUGCCCGGCUGGGAUUGCCACGGUCUUCCCAUCGAGCUCAAAGUCCUCCAGUCCCUCAAGAAAGAGGAGAAGGAGAAUAUGACCCCGAUCUCGCUCAGGAAGAAGGCAGCUGAGUUCGCCAAGCAGACGGUCGAUCAGCAGAGGGAGAGCUUCAAGAGGUAUGGAGUGUGGGCUGAUUGGAGUGAGCCUUACCUCACCCUCGACCCCAAGUACGAAGCUGCGCAGAUCGAGACCUUCGGUGCCAUGCUGAAGGGUGGCCACAUCUACCGUGGACGCAAGCCCGUGAACUGGUCCCCCAGCAGCAGGACAGCUCUGGCUGAGGCCGAGCUGGAGUACCCCGAGGGACACAAGUCAAGGAGCAUGUAUGCUGCCUUCACUGUGGUCGAGCCGUCGGAGGCUGUGAAGCCUCACAGUGAGAACCUCAAGGUCGCGAUCUGGACGACGACGCCAUGGACCAUCCCAGCGAACUUGGCGGUGGCUGUGAACGAGAAGCUGGAGUACUCCAUCGUUGAGCACCAUGGGGUGAAGUACGUCGUGGCUAAGGACCUCAAGGGAGCCUUGGCUGCCAAGCUGAAGAAGGGAGAGGAGGACGAGGUUGAGCUGAAGGAGAUCGCUGUCAUUACCGGCAAGGAGCUUGCGGGAACCAAGUAUCAGCAUCCUCUGUACAAGGAGAGGAUCAACCCGGUUGUGAUUGGUGGUGACUACAUCACGACUGAGAGCGGUACUGGUCUUGUGCACACGGCUCCAGGACACGGUGUGGAAGAUUAUCAGACCGGCCUCAAGUACGGUCUGGAGCUCCUGAGCCCCGUCGACGAUGCUGGGAGGUUCACUGCCGAGGCUGGUCCUCUCCUCGAGGGGAAGGAUGUGUUGAAGGAUGGAAACGAACGGGUCCUUGAGCUCAUGGAGGAAGCAGGAGCACUGAUCAAGGAAGAGGAGUACGGACACAAGUAUCCCUAUGACUGGCGCACGAAGAAGCCUACCAUCUUUCGUGCUACUGAUCAGUGGUUCGCCUCUGUCGAGAACUUCCGCGAGAAGGCCAUGGGCGCCAUUGACACCGUGAAGUGGAUCCCGGAAGUCGGCAAGAACCGCAUCUCCGCCAUGGUGGAGGGCCGCUCGGACUGGUGCAUCUCCCGCCAGAGGAGCUGGGGUGUUCCCAUCCCCGUCUUCUACCACAAGGAGACUGGAGAGCCUCUCCUGACGGCCGAGAGUAUCGACCACAUCCGGGACAUCAUCGCCGAGCACGGCUCUGACGCCUGGUGGGAGAAGGAUGUCGCUGAGCUGCUUCCUCCCUCCCACAAGCAGGAGGCGGACAAGUGGGAGAGGGGCAGGGACACGAUGGACGUCUGGUUUGACUCCGGCAGCUCCUGGAACGGGGUGGUCAAGAGCUGGGGAGAAGGCAAGGCGCUCGACUUCCCAGCUGACAUGUACCUGGAAGGAUCGGACCAGCACAGAGGAUGGUUCCAGUCUUCCCUCCUGACCUCAGUGGCGGCGCAGGGCACGGCCCCCUACAAGACCGUGUUGACGCACGGCUUCGUCCUGGAUGAGAAGGGCUUCAAGAUGUCAAAAUCGCUCGGGAACGUGGUCGACCCUGCCCUGGUGAUCAACGGAGGCAAGAAUCAGAAGACGGAGCCAGCCUUCGGGGCGGACACGCUGAGGCUGUGGGUGGCGUCGGUUGACUACACUGGAGACGUGCGAGUGGGAGGGAACAUCAUGAAGCAGAUUUCCGACUCCUACCGCAAGAUCAGGAACACCCUCCGCUACCUGCUCGGCAACCUGCACGGUUUCGAUCCCAAGAAGCACUCGGUCAAGUACGAAGACCUUCCCUCCGUCGACAAGUGGAUGCUCGGCAGGCUUGCAAGGGUACAGGAGGAGGUGAGGGACGCGUACGACACGUUCCAGUUCUACCGCGCGUACCAGGCUAUCCUCCAGGUGUGCAUCACCGAGCUCAGCAACUUCUAUCUCGACAUCGCAAAGGACAGGCUCUACAUCUCCGCUGAGGACGACGUUCGUCGACGAAGCUGCCAGACGGUCCUUCAUGCUGCGCUGGAGAUGCUGACUACAGCCAUCUCUCCCAUGCUGCCCCACAUGGCGGAGGACGCCUGGCAGAACCUGCCCUGGGAGCACGUCUCGUCGGUCUUCGAGCAUGGCUGGAAGCAGCUGGAUUACCCGAGCCACGAGGGAGAGCGCUGGGACUACAUCCGAUCUUUGCGGGAUGACGUGAACCAGUGUAUGGAGGCUGCUAGGGCCGACAAGCUCAUCGGAGCGACGCUCGAAGGCUCGGUUGCCAUCUACGUGGCCGAUGAGGAAAAGAAGCAGUUGGUGACCUCGCUCCUCCACGAGGUCUCCAUGCUCACCAGCGAGACCUCGCCAGGGUUCAACAAGGUCGACGACCUUCGCUUCCUCUUCCUCGUCUCCGACGUCAAGAUCGUGGACACCCCGGAAGACGUGACCUCCCUCUGCAACGAGAAGCACACGCUCUCCAUCUCCGACUCCGCCAGCGGCUGCUUCGUUGGAGUUGCAAGGGCGCAGGGCAAGAAGUGCGAGAGGUGCUGGUUCUACUCGGACACGGUCGGGACACACGAGGGACUUGAAAACAUCUGUCCUCGCUGCGCGCAAGCAGUGAAGCAGAAGCAAGCUGCUUAA